GCCUGCCUGCCUGCAUCCCUGUCUCCUCUCCAUUCUGCUCUGCAGUUGCCCUGUGCGCGUGUGAGGGAGAGCACAUGUUUAUGUGUGUUUGUGUGGAUGUGUGUGUGUCAGAAAAGGGGCGAGAGCGGGUUUCGUACGGCGUCGCCUAAAGAGACAACGCUUUUUGUUAUCUCUCCAUCUUCUCAGCAGCGUGAACAUCAGCCUGACCACCUGGACCAGCCGCCUGCCUGAAGCAUCGCUGACGGGGGAGGGGGCGAUAUCUCUCUCUCUCUCUCUCUCUCUCUCUCUGUGUGUUUGUGUGAAUGUGUGUGUGUGUGUACAUGCGUGUGGGCGGGUGAAAGGGUGAGGGGCGGAGAGAUGAAAGGGCCAGGUGAGGAGGGGUAUUGGGUACCUCUCUCUCUAGCUUUCUCGCUCUCUCUCUCCCCCUCUUUUUAUCCCUCUCUCACUGUCGCGCGACACUAACCCUGGAAGCUGAAGAGGAGAUCCUCGCUGCUGGACCUCUCCACUACAGUUCCAUCAUGUCUCAUUUGGAGCUGCUGGACUUUGAGCACAGUGGAGCUCCAGGGACUUCAGAGGUGAAUAUUUAAUGAUGAAACUGGACAUCUCAACCCUAAUCAGCCCCAACUCCAGACUCCGACCUCUACAAGCAUGUCGUAACGCCGACAGAACUCCACCAUCGAACGGUACUGCUGGAUCCCACUCUUCAGCAGGGGAGGAUGGGUGAUAGUCCCAUGAGAAUCACCUCCGCCCACAAUCCUCAUUCCAUCCUCUCAUGGAGCAUACAACCGCCUACAACUCACUGUGGAACAUCACCCACGCCACCUCUUGGCGUCCGAACACAACCCAGCCUAACGCCUCAGGACUGAGCGAGCCCAGAGAUGGACACCUCCUCCAGAGGCUCGGCUUGUGCACCAUGCUCCUGAUGGACAUACUGGCCAUAGUGGGCAACUUAUCCGUAAUGACAGUCAUCGCCAGGACGCCGCGACUACGUAAAUUUGUGUUCGUCUUCCAUCUCUGCCUGGUGGAUCUCAUUGCGGCCCUGGUGUUAAUGCCUCUGGGUAUGCUGUCAGGUCAGGGCUUUUUCAGCAAGGCUCUUUGUCAGGGUUACCUGUGUCUGAGCGUGGGACUGAUCAGUGCUGCUAUCCUCACUAUCUCGGCCAUCAACGUCGAGAGAUACUACUAUGUCGUUCAUCCCAUGCGCUACGAGGUGAAAAUGACCGUGGGGUUGGUGGUUUCAGUUUUGAUUGGAAUAUGGAUCAAAGCCAUCCUCAUGUCCGCAUUCCCUUUACUCGGCUGGGCGCUCGAUAGAGAGGAGCCGGGACUGGCUCUGGGGAAGGUUGUGGGGAAAAUCGUUGAACCAAAGUGCUGCUCGCUCCACUGGAUGGAGGAAGGGCCCCAACGGCUGGUGUUCAUGGUCCUUUUUACCCUCAUGUACUUCCUGUGUCCAGUCCUUAUCAUCUUUGUGGUGUACUGCAACAUGUUUAAGGUGGCCAGGGUGGCUGCCAUGCAGCAGGGACCAGUCCCCACUUGGAUGGAGACUCCUCGGCCGCGCUCUGAAUCUCUGAGCAGCCGCUCCAGCAUGGCGGCCAGCCUCAGCGGAGCCCGGACCACCCCUCAGAGGACUUUCAGCGGGGGCAAGGCCGCGGUGGUCCUAGUCGCCGUAGGAGGUCAGUUCCUCGGGUGCUGGCUGCCUUACUUCUCCUUCCACUUGUACUGCGCCGUCAUGCCGUCCUCUCACGAGUCCCUCGCACGCAUGGCCCAGCUGGAGGACGUGUUCACCUGGAUCGGGUACUUCUGCUUCACCUCCAAUCCUUUUUUCUACGGCUGUCUAAAUCGGCAGAUCAGGGAAGAGCUGGCCAGAAACCUGGCCUUCGUUUUCAAGUGGGGGCGUCCCGGCGAAGAUGAACAGCUGCCCAGUCGAGAGGCUUCUAUCGAGGAGAACUUUCUCCAGUUUCUUCAGGGCACCGGUUGCAAUAUGCGGCCAAGGAAUUCCCAAAGCAUCUCCAUCCCUCAACAGGAGGAGGACAAUCCUCUCUCCACCGAGCUCCGCAGGCCAUCUGUUGACUUCCACAUUCCUGGCCAGAUCAUGGAGGAGACCUCGGAGUUCAUAGAGCACCAACACAUGAACGAUCUUAAUAUAUCAGACAAUUGUAUCAAGACAAAAUCGGAACUGCAAGGUUGAUAUUUUCAGAUGUGAAAUCUAUAUUUAAUGUAUCAGAUAUUGUUGCUACGUUUUACCAUUGGAUCUUUUUAUACUCUGCCGAUACAAUGAAUUUGUACAUAGCUUGUUUUGAAUUUUUGGUUGGUAGGUUUCUGUCAUUCCCAAAGCAUAGUUUUUUCUUUUGAGGAGAGAUGUUGGACUGAUGAAGUGACCUCAUUCCAGCACAUUACCACUAGACAGAAAUUUAUUUACAUAGAUUCAGCGAUAUUUGUCUGAACAAUGUAACAUGAAAGCAACAUUGUGACGUGGAAUCUGUACUCAAAAAGCGGUGUGUACCGCAAGUGGUUGAUGUUACAAAUUUUUAAGGCUCCUAAUGUUCAUUCAGACGAUAAAUGAGUAUAAAAUUGGUUAAUAACUCAGUAUUACUGUAACAACUAAAUCUGGAGCAUGCACUAAUAUUGAACCAAGGUUGUUUGUGUGGUGGGUAGAUUCUAAUUCUUUAGUUGCCGUAAAAUUAUGGCCGUCAGCAAUGUCAUAUUUCGAAUUUUUGUUUUUUUCCUCAAAAAAUAAAUUAAAAACAU